AUGUCGAGUGCCGUCACAGCGCCGAUGCGAGCCGCCGGCUGGAAUGUACGAUUUACCAUUGGCGCCCACGAGGCUCCCAACGAGUUUGCAGGCGUGCACCAAGACCCCCGCGCGCCACAAAUAACGUUUCUUGACGUGUGCGCCGAGCUGGCCUUAUGUUUUGAGUUUCCAGUGGACCAGAAUGGCGAUGAAAUUAGCGAAAAUGCGUGGACAAAUAUUGCUUUUGCGCUGACGGACUCACCCGACAGCGAUGAGGUAGGAGACAACACCACAGUCGAUUAUCCGUCCUUCGUCUCCCGUGAUAGCCUAGCAGCACUGGUGCCGGGCCUGUCGUCACCUAAUAUGCGCGAUCGAAGAACCGUCACCUACCACAUUGUCCGUCACAAAACCUGCAACCUGCCAGCUGGCUUGUUGAAAGAUCAUCUUCGCGCAAAAUGCGCAAAUCCUCUCUCCGAACCCAGCCGUUUCCGCCACCCUUCCUAUCUCCCAUACAACAAAGCUCCUUCUGACUCUCGCCUCAACGUGAUGCCACUGCGACGACGACUGAAUGCUCGCUCCCAAUCGCCCCCAAAGCGCUCCAGAUCCGGCUCGACCUCCCCUAGCAAACCGGACGACGCGGCUGAUGACGAGUAUAAUAAUAUGCUCGCACCUGCUAGCCUGGACAUUGACAUGGACGCGGCCAAGCGAAAGGUUAACGAAUUCCGCAUGGCGUGCAUCUCACAAGCCAACUGUUGCGCCGUGUCCGGCGACGGCGAGCCGUGGAACCCGAUCCAGCCCAUCGGGCCGGGCGUGCAGGCCUGUCAUAUUGUACCACAGCAACACUACCCGUUUUAUCCUAUGCCGGAAACCGACGACGCGGCCCAAGACAGCGCACGCAGGCACUGCCAGGCGUGGCACUAUACGUGGAGCCCCGACAAUGGAAUUCUACUCAUGAAACACCUACACGACUUAUUCGACGCACGUCUCUUCUCAAUCCACCCAAAGACAUUACGCAUCCGUGUCUUUGUUCCAUACCAAGCCCUCGCACGAUAUCACGGGCGAAAGGCAAAGGUCGCCCAGAGCGUUGACCAGUUGGCAUGGAGAGACGACACCGCCAGCAGAACAAGCACAUCAGGCACCAGCCUCGUCCAUACGUCAGGCGGCAGCACGCCGAUGAGCGGACGCACUACUCUUCCCAUGACACCCACCGGGAAUACGCCAAUGGCACAGAACACGCUUUCGACGGGCGAUCCGUCUAAGAGACCAAGGCCGACAGAUGACGAUUGUGAUGAUUGCGACGAUAAGCUGAUACGGAAACGCCAGCGACGACAGGACGAGCAUGGCCUUGAUAGCUAUAUUACACCAUAUAAUAGCGGAGCGUUCCUCGGCAAUGUUAAUCGGGAGCUCCUCAAUUUCAGGAUGACUCAAUAA